GGUGCUUAGGUUAGGUCCGUUUCUCGGCUGUUAUGCGUAGUGCUGCAUUGUGCAUGGGAUUGCAGAUGUCUCUGCCCUACCUGACAUCACUUCCUACGUUUGAUGCAAAUGACUUAUAUCAGGGGCAGAACUUUAACAAGGUCCUCAGUUCCUUAGUGACUCUAAACAAAGUGACAGCAGACAUAGGCCUGGGAAGUGACUCCGUGUGCGCCCGACCCUCCUCGCACCGCAUCAAGUCCUUCGACUCCCUGGGAUCCCAGUCUUCACACAGUCGGACUUCAAGAUUAUUCCAGGGCCAGUACCGGAGUUUGGACAUGACCGAUAGCAGCAACAAUCAGCUGGUCGUGAGAGCGAAGUUCAGCUUCCAACAAACCAACGAAGAUGAGCUGUCCUUUUCAAAGGGUGACGUCAUCCACGUCACGCGUGUGGAGGAAGGAGGCUGGUGGGAGGGUACGCACAACGGCAGGACCGGCUGGUUCCCCAGCAACUACGUGCGCGAGGUCAAGCCAAGUGAGAAGCCGGUCUCCCCCAAGUCAGGGACGCUGAAGAGCCCCCCCAAAGGGUUUGACACGACCGCCAUCAACAAGAGCUAUUACAACGUGGUGCUACAGAAUAUUUUAGAAACAGAAAAUGAAUAUUCUAAAGAGCUUCAGACUGUGCUUUCAACCUACCUACGACCAUUGCAGACCAGUGAGAAGUUGAGUUCAGCAAGCACUUCAUAUUUAAUGGGAAACCUAGAGGAUAUCUGCUCGUUCCAGCAAAUGCUUGUGCAGUCUUUAGAAGAAUGUGCCAAGUCACCCGAGGCCCAGCAGCGAGUCGGAGGCUGCUUCCUGAACCUGAUGCCGCAGAUGAGGACCCUGUACCUCACAUACUGUGCCAACCACCCGUCCGCCGUGAGCGUCCUCACCGAGCACAGCGAGGAGCUCGGGGAGUUCAUGGAGACAAAGGGCGCCAGCAGCCCUGGAAUCCUUGUGCUGACCACCGGCCUGAGCAAGCCGUUCAUGCGCCUGGACAAGUACCCCACGCUGCUCAGGGAGCUGGAGAGACACAUGGAGGAUUAUCAUCCCGAUAGACAAGACAUUCAGAAAUCUAUGACUGCCUUCAAAAACCUCUCAGUCCAGUGUCAAGAAGUCCGGAAGAGGAAGGAGCUUGAGUUGCAGAUUCUGACGGAAUCCAUCCGGAGCUGGGAGGGAGAUGACAUCAAGACGCUGGGCAAUGUUGUUUACAUGUCACAGGUCAUGAUUCAGUGCGCAGGGAGCGAGGAAAAGAACGAAAGAUACCUUCUCCUCUUCCCGAACCUCCUGUUAAUGUUGUCUGCCAGUCCCAGGAUGAGUGGCUUCAUUUACCAGGGAAAGCUGCCGACGACAGGAAUGACAAUCACAAAGCUUGAGGACAGUGAACAUCAUAGAAAUGCCUUUGAAAUAGCAGGGAGCAUGAUCGAGCGGAUCCUCGUGUCUUGCAACAACCAGCAGGACCUACACGAGUGGGUGGACCACCUGCAGAAGCAGACGAAGGUCACGUCCGUGAGCAACCCCACCAUCAAGCCUCACUCCGUGCCGUCCCACACCCUCCCUUCACACCCCAUCACACCGUCCAGCAAACACGCGGACAGCAAGCCGGCAUCGCUGAUGCCCGCCUACCACACGCUGCCCCACCCCUCCCACCACGGCCCGCCACACACCACGAUCAGCUGGGGACCCCUGGAGCCCCCGAAGACUCCUAAGCCUUGGAGCCUCAGCUGCCUGCGGCCGGCGCCUCCCCUGCGGCCCUCAGCUGCUCUCUGCUACAAGGAGGACCUCAGUAAGAGCCCCAAGACCAUGAAGAAGCUGCUCCCGAAGCGCAAACCUGAGCGGAAGCCUUCGGAUGAAGAGUUCGCCUUGCGGAAAAGCACGGCUGCUCUGGAGGAGGACGCCCAGAUCCUGAAGGUCAUCGAAGCUUACUGCACAAGCGCCAAGACGCGGCAGACGCUCAACUCCACAUGGCAAGGCACUGACCUGAUGCAUAAUCACGUCUUGGCUGACGACGACCAAUCAAGUCUAGACUCCUUGGGUCGUCGCAGUAGCCUUUCCCGUUUGGAGCCCUCAGACCCCUCGGAAGACUCUGAGUAUGACAGUAUAUGGACAGCCCAUAGUUACAGAAUGGGUUCAGCAUCUCGUUCACGCAAAGAAUCUGCUCCACAAGUUCUGCUUCCAGAAGAAGAGAAAAUCAUAGUGGAAGAAACCAAAAGUAACGGUCAGACGGUGAUAGAGGAAAAGAGCCUCGUGGACACCGUGUAUGCACUGAGGGACGAAGUCCAAGAGCUGAGACAGGAUAACAAAAAGAUGAAGAAGUCGCUCGAGGAGGAGCAGAGGGCCCGCAAAGACCUGGAGAAGCUGGUACGAAAGGUGCUGAAGAACAUGAACGACCCCGCCUGGGACGAGACCAACCUGUGAGGACGAUCUCUGCUCCCCGGGGCCGGGGCUGGCCCGGGCGGGGUGACCCUGGGGCCUGAGGUACAGACGCCGAGGCCGAGGGCUGCGCGGACCUCUCUGCCAACAUCGGUUACCUCAUUUGCAGUAAGUGCAGUGACUGGCCAGAGCCGGGCUGUCCAGACUCCCAGUCAGACACAUGAACACACCUGUGCACCCUUCCUGUAAAUGCCCACUUGGAAUGCACACCCACGGCCGGACGCCCGGGCCGCUGCCAGCACCCCAGCCCACUGCCAUCAUGCCCUCGGCCCGUCUCCAUGGUGCUCUGACGCAUGUCGUGCCAGGGCGAGUGUCGCAAGCCCCCCCAGGAGCAAUGUUCGGACUGUGCCCUGCAGCCAGGUGAGGCAGUGCCGGCCGAGGGCGUCAGCCUGGGCCGGGGACAGCAGUAGCAUCCCGCUGUGGAAGUCUGCUCUUCUGGCUCCGGUCCCGGGCUGUGCCGCAGUGUUGCGGGGAUCACACCAGCCUCCGUCCUGCCCCAGAGGAGAACUAGAGCCUGUACAUAAAAUGUUAUUUAUUGUGACCAAGCAGCCAGUGGAAACAGCGAGGCAGUGCCAGAAGCAGUGCUGACGGUCGGCCUUUCCCCAGGCCGGGCCUCCUCCCGAGGA